AUUUGGAUGGAUCACCAAGUAGUACGUCAUUACUUGAUCCUCCGCCUGUAAUGGUACUGGAGACAGUUGAUCCUCCACCGCCUUUACUCACAGUUGAUACUCACUUAGUGUCAGUGCCUAUCAAGCGGGGACACUCGCCAAAUUCAUCUCCCCUCCUCAACCAUAAAAAACUCUGUUCACCAACUUGCCAACGACAACAUCUAAACUCGCAACAGCAGCAUCAGGAUGGCUCACUGCAUCAACAACUGCAAUCUGGAGGUUUGCGCCUCUUAGAAACUCCCCACGCGCCAACUAUGCAGCAGUUACUGAUCAGCAAGGAGCCGAUCACAGUUCGGGGAGGGCGUCCCGGUGGAGGGAUUUCUGCCUCCCAGAAUGUCAUCACAAAUAAGAGCCAUUCUGUGCUUCGUAAUCUACUGGUGAGUGGACGUGACGAGACUGCUGGCUACUCUGUGUCAGCUCCAGCAAGCCCUGCUGGCACAUCUGCAAGCUCCACUACAUCCCCUGACCCUCAGACAUUAAGUGAUGAGGCUAAGGGGAGAAAGAAUGUGAAUGGUGAUGGCAGUAUAGUGAUUGGAGAGCACCAGGCAGGAGGUAGUGGCCUGACUUCUACAACAGUGCGUCUUCCUAGGGACAAGAUGGCUACUAUGUUGUUAGCUGGUGCUGGGGGAAUCAAUGAUGGUCAGUUGAUGAUUCCUAAAGUGAGAUUAGUGACUGGAAGCCACGGUGCCCUCAUGCAAGCUGGCCAUUUUGCACUCAAACUGGCCACCAACCCAAACUGGCAGUCUGGCCAGGGUUUGGUGAAACGAGGGCGGAGACAAGACCCACUCUUGUUGAUGGAUCCUGAGACUACUAUUCCCAACCUCCUGGAUCUAACUCAGCAGGACUAUGAGUGAAUGGAUGCUGCGAAUUUUUUAAUAAUAAUCGAAGCACAUGAAGGAAACCAAGUUUCGAAUUAAUGCCAAGAAAACAGUGCAGCGAGUAUCAACCAAGACCACAACGACUCCAAGUGUUUGGAAUAUAUGGACUGUGGGACCUCAGUAGUUACUAGUUAAGUGCAUCUGUAUUAGGUGGUUUCCAGUAAUAGGCCAAUUUUAUGAUUAAAGAAUUUUUUUUACUACCCAAGUAAUUUUAUAGACAGUAGGACUUCAUGAAUGGGGACUGGUCUUGAUAUUUGAGUUCUGAAGCAUAAUUACCCCCCUCCCCUCCACACAAAAAACACAUUUCGCAUUGCUCCGAUGCAAUAUAGAGAGAGCUGUUUCCAUAUUCACGUGUAUACCCACAUGAAACAGAUGUAAGUGCCAAUAAGAGAAGCAUUUUGUAUAGUUUCCACCAUGGACAGCCUCUCAUGAAAAUCAUCACUGCCUUUACACUGAAUGAAAGAAAUAUGAAACAGCAUUAAUAACAUGUGCUUGGCUGGCCUGGUAUGCAGCAGGUGCAUCAUUGUCACAUAUCAGCCUUAUAACUACAUCUUCAUUUAAAUUCUUUGAAGUAAAAUUUUCCAUUCAUUGUGUGUAAUGGUUGCACUGCCCUUGUGUUGUUAUAAUGUAAAAGCUUUCAAACUCGUGGAAUGAGUCAGUCUUCAGACAUUGUUAAUGGCUGUAGCUUCUGCCAAAUGUGCUUCAGUCAUUAGUAGCAUUUUCUUUGUUGUAUCUUCAAAGCUUCAAUGCCUCCAUCAAUGUUAUUCAAUUUUUUUAAUAAGCAAACUCACAGUUCUUGCUAGUCUGCACUCCACAAAGGACAUUACCAAAUUAAAAACAUGCAAGAUGCGAGUUUGGGUAGCAAGGCAAUGCCUGAAUUUACAUUUAAUGAUCAGAAGUUUGUGAAGGACAAAUGUACUUUGACACUGCAUAUAUGUGAUGACACCUUCGCCCAUGGGCUGAAUUAAUGAUGCACUGAUUGACAAGCCUUGGAAACCUUGUUCCUGGAUAUGAGGACUUUUCGCAGGUUAUAGAGAAUCUGGUGAAAUCCUUCCCAAACAAAUAAAAUCCAGUCUUAAAGUCCAAAUUCUUGAAACCCUACUGUUUAUGACUGAUGUUUACACUGGCAGAAAAUGAUGAUAAUUGCUUUUAUUCAUUUAAAUUCUCACCAACACAUCAGCCAAUUGUUUUGUUAGGCUGAAAAAGAAAUAUGUGUUAAAUUACAUUAGUGUACAUAAAAAAAAGUACAUUUUCUGGUUCUUAUUAAGUAUUUGAAUGUGCAGGAUUAAACAGGAUAAUCUUAUCAAUACUAAUGCUAUUCACAGCUAGAAGUCAAUGGCAUAUUCUUCAUUGAGUUUUCAGUAUAAAAUAACCAUAUGAGAGAAUAUAAUUCAACCCAGGCAAAUGAAAUUACUUAAAUUACUAAUGUAGAUUCAUACAUAAUAAUGUCAAACAUGUUACUGCAUUGUAUCUUAGAUAAUAAAGUAGGUGAUGGGCAAUAAAGUUUAAGAUUUAAGUGGGCAUGUAGAUAUUAUGUGAGGCUCUUCAGGUUGAGCAUUAUACAGAUGUGGGUAGCACAAAAAUUUGUAAUGUAGGAUUAGAUUUAAAAUAAGAGUGGGAGACAGCAGUAGAGCUGUAGACAGAUAUUUUAGAAAAUAUAUUUUUGUGUGUAUUGUUUAUUUCCUAGAUUUGAGAGCAUAACAGCAAGUCUCCAUGGCAGCUGGAGGUGUGGACCUUCUACAAUACCAAUAAUUAUAUCUUUGCUAUUAUCUUCAAUUCUACAGGUGAAACAUCACAAGUUGUACAUUACAAAUGAGUAAACUUUUGAAGUAAUGGGCUAACAUAGGGAACAUAGCUGGUAAUGGUGGAUAGAGAUAAUAUUGUUUUACAGUUAAUUGUAUAAUAAUGGACAUACACCACACAGAAGGCUCGUCCCAUGGCAAGCCAGUCCUAAAACCAGCAGGUUGGUGUGUUAUCCACUGUCACCCUAAAAAGAUUUAGCACCUGACCUAGUAUUACGACUGGCUUAUCAUGGGUCCAAGACCUCCAUGUGGCAAGUUAUUUACAGUCAUGAUAUAAUGAUUUAUAGAGCCAUGGGAACUUCUGUAAAUAACACUUUUGUUUCUGAAUCAGUCAACUCCGUGAAUUUCGACCCAUUACCGAAGCGCACUGAAAUAAGGUCCAAGUCAAAAUUUUACUGUAUCUGUAAUACUAAAACAAAUGAAAUUCAUAAUUGCAGAGGCUAUUGUUAUACUACCACUGUGCUUUUGUUGAGGGUUAGGAGUAUAUUGCUUAAUACAAUAUAUCUAAUGUAAUAUAGUACUAAAUAUUUCAGACAAAAAAACUGCCUGCUACUGUGGCUUGUAAUGUUAUAAAAGCUUUUGCAAACCGAAUAGCAUUGUAUAUUAACAAUAUUUUUGUGAGCCAACACCACAAUACAGGAAAGGGAAAGUAUGAUGAUACAGAAAACACUUGUGAUGAUACAGAUAAGACUUGUGAUGAUGCACAGAUAAGACUUGCCAUAUAAGUUACUUUGUGAGCCACAGUAAUGCUCUUAGGAGUUUUAUCUAUACAUUUACUAUUUUUAAUUCUGUUUUUAUUAUUAUAAUUAUAACCAAGUGCUCAACCCAAAAGGGUUAUACAGAGCUGCAAAUUUUAUUGUAAUAAAUCAGAAGUAUGUAAAAAAUGUGCAAACUAUUAUGUUCACAAGGAAACACUAAAUCCAUCACUGGAGUUGUAUGGUGCAUGUUGAAUGAGAGAAUCUAAUGUGAUGCAAGAAAGGAGGAAAAGGUAGCUCAAACUCCUUGGAUCAUGAGCCCUUCACCAGUAUCAAAGCACUUCCUGGAGCAGUGGCAAUAAAUCCAUUUAACUUUUCUAAUCACAAUAUGCAAGAUGAAGUAAUGUCUUUUAAAAUUACAUGAAAUUUAUCUUCAUAGGUACAUUGAUGACUGUUCAUUAAGGUUAGAGUUGAAAUGGUUGACUUCACUAGUUUACAUUUAGAUGAAGAUGGAAUAUGACUGACAGCUAGUGAGUAGUUGCAAGUGAGCUGGAUAAAUAUUUAAUGUGCUCACUAUGCUAGCCAGUAGAAACAUUUAUUUAGUUUUACUACAGAAUGCAAACAAAAUGUGCAAGACAACACAAAAGGUACAAAUACUCCAGAACUGAAAGUUUUUCUUCUCUUUUUAUAUAUAUUUUUUAUGCAGCAGUCUAUCAGCAAAAUGACUAAGCAAAAUUUUGAUUCAUGCUUCACUUUGCUUUCCAAUAUAAUACAUCACUACAGUAACCCAUUCUCCUAAUCAAAUGUGUUUACUAUGAAUGAAAACUGUUGCUAAAAUAACACUACAAUGUGAUCAGAUUUUUAUUGCCAUGUUUCCUCGAUCUUCUUGGCAGUUAUAUUUCCUGUUUGCAUAGCAAAACAUUGUCUCAUAUUUAUGCAUUAAGAGCAUAAGAAUAGACAUACACUGCAGUAGGCCUAUUGGCCAUGCUAGGGAGCUCCUACUCACCCAACCACUCCCACUUACAAUCUAUUUUUAAAGCUCACUAAAAUACUCCCUUCAGUAACACUUCUUGGUUUGUUCCAUUAUCCACAACUAUUGCCAAACCAUUGCUUUUCUAUAUUCUCCUUACCUAACGUAUGUAAUUAAUGGUUUUCAAAAAUGACAAGUUGAAGAUUGAGACACUUGUGCAACAUACAGGAAUCUUUAUUAAGGAAUAAAGAUUCCCAUAUGUUGCAUAAGUGUCUCAAUCUUAUCCAACUUAAUUCCAUUGUUGUGACUCCUGUCUUCAUUAGAUGUUUUCAGCACUUUAUAUCCCUUUAUUUAUUGCAACUUUCCAUUUAUACACCUCACUCAUAGCCCCCCCUAAAUUCUAUGCCUGUCUAGGAAGUGCAAAUUAAGUGCCUUCAGCCUAUCUUUGUAGGAAAGGUUUCUUAGAUGGCAUUAAUUGUCAUUCUUCUCUACAUUUUCUAGCACAAUAAUGUCCAUUCUGUAAUAUGGGGACCACAACUGAGCUGUAUAAUCUAAACGAGGCCUUAAUGAUAUAUAAGGUAUGACCCUGGGAAGUCAAGAAGUCUAUUAGCUUUGUUAUGAUCACUUGUGUACUGUUUUCUUGAUUUCUGCUAACCAAAACUAAAUCUUUUUCACAUUCAGUUUGAUUAAGAUCUGUAUUACUGUAGAUUAUACCUUAAGUACCAUAGUUAUUUUCUUUUCCCAGGAUUAGAACUUUACAUUUAUCCACAAACUAUAUACAUCUACCACUUUUCAAACAGUAUCAACCUAUUCCAAUCUUUCUGUAGCUCCCUGGUGUUCUUAGAAGCUAGCUGAUGAUAUGUUUUAGUGUCAUCAGCAAACUUACUCACAUUACUAAUUAUUUCCUCAUUUAUGUCAUUUUUGAAAAAUGAACCCAACACUCACUCCAUGGAAUACCACUUGUUCCACUUGUUUUAUCCAGGACUGACCUCCAAUGCAGCAUGCUUUUACCUUCAUUAGUCUCUAGUAUGGAACUAUCAAAGACCUUACUGAAGUCCAUAUAAACAAAGUUGUAUAUCAUUACAGUAGGUCCCCAACUUACGAUGUAUUGCACUUAUGAUACAGUUUAGAACAAGUUAAUGACCUUAAAACACUGAUCUACAGUUACAACGAUUGCGAAUAUCUGAACGUAAAUCAUUUUAAACAAGUUUGUUUUAGACUUUUUUUUUGCCAAGAGUCUUCAUAUGUUUAUUUUAUGAAAGUAAUGAAGAGGUCAUGUUUGAGUGUGACUGGUGAAUUACUCUCAAAUCAACAAUUACAAUUUCUUAAAGCUAAAUUAUAUUUAUUUUGUUUCCUUUGUUGUUUCACCAUAUGCACUGAUAUUUCACAUCAGUAUGUAUGUGUUGUAUAUAUACAUAUGAAGAUAUACGUUUGGUUUUGGGUGGUAGGUGUGUGGGUGUGUAUCACAUGGUCACUAGGUGAAGACAACAACUCUGCUUAUACCACCAACUAACCUUCAUCCCUCCAAACCUAAGAACACAGAAACCUUCACCUUACCUUAUACCUACACCAUAACCUGGGAAGAGUGGAAUGUAUGGCAUGGGGUAUGGAAGAUGCAGUGCAGGUGUGUGUGGGCACUGUACAUUGUAUUUGGUGGAAUGCAGUGUCUGUGGUAUGGAGACCUGGUACAUUGUGAAGGUGGUGUACAGUGUAGGAGUGAAAUAGUGAGAGGACUAGAGAACAGUGUGAGGGGUGAAAUACCAUAAGGGGGUUGGAAUAUUAUGUGGGACACGCAAUGGGAGGUAGAUAUGGGAUUAGGGAGAGGAGGAAAGUAAGGGGAAUAGGAAAGGAGAAAGGUAGGCUAGGUAAAUAGCAAAAGAGAAAGAUAGGUAAGGAAAAAUAGAGGGAGGGAGGUAGGUUGGUAAGGGUAACAGGAAAGGGAGGGAUGGAGAUUAGUAAGGGUAAUAGGAAAGGGAAGGAGGGGGGGUUGGUAAUGGUAAUAGGAGAAGGAAGGAGGGAUGUUGGUAAUGGUAAUAGGAGAGGGAGGGAGGUUGGUAAGGGAAAUAGAAGAGGGAGGGAGUUAAGGGAAUAUUAUAAGUAUAACCAAGUGUUAAACCCAUAAGGAUUAUACAGAGGUAAGGGAAUAAGAGAGGAGGGAGGUAAGAGAAUAGGAGAGGACUGGAACAUAGAUAAAGGAACACAUCUCUGAUUAUAACUUGGGUGUCUCUGGGGGAAAAGAAUUUGUCUCCAUCAGUUUAUGAAAAAAUUUUAGGAACACGUUAAUGUCACAAAGGAGAUCCACUGUAUUAUAUUUAUUGGUAGGUGUGUGAUAGUUAAAUUUGUCAAGUGAUGUUAACUUAAUCGAACCCAGCUAGAAUAUGUAGAGAAACUGGAUUAAACAUAGUGAAAAGCAACACUGGCAUUAGGAAAACAGGUUGAUUGCACUUACUAGUUGAUUUGCUUUUUUUAUUGCAAUUUUGCUGCCUCAUCAUACUCUUGCAUCAUCUACUUCAUCAAACAGUUCAUUACUCUAACAUUAUAUCCACUCCCAAUAUUAAUAGGCCCAAAAUUAAUAUGUUAAAAUGCCAGCAUUCUCUUAGUGCUGUAUGUGUUUAAAUUGUCAUAUUUUGAAAUGUGUAAGUUACAAAGGAUGUAGAAGGAUGAAUAAUAUAAAAUAUUACUUUCAUGGCUUAACACUUCACAAUAACUGAUAAUCCAACAUUGUCAAAAAUGUACUGAUUUAUUCUUUACCUGUAAUAUGUGAUUAACUCUGAUUAGAAUAAAUCAAGAGAACUAUUUCAUUUGAAGAGUGUAAUGUUCAUGUUCAAUAGACUUAAAACUUGCAUAAAAGCAUUUAGCACAUGCUUUAAAUAAGAAUAUUCAUACACUGAGAUUUGUCUUAUUGAGAGCAUCUGUUGCAGUACUAGGCCUAAAAGCUAUCAUACAUUUGUACAGUCAUAAAUGUUUCAUAUAUGAUUUGUCCACAGCAUUUUCUAUCUGACCAUACGAGUAAAAAAUAUAUACUCUGGCAGAAGGCAUCUCAUAGAGGCUCUAGCAUUCAUUCAGCUUUAGAGAGUUUAUAUGGCAUGAAUCUCAUAACUGUAAUGCUCUUUAUUUUUGUGAUAAUUAAAGUAUCUAUUUCACAAGCUAACAAACAAAUGUGUUAAGAGCUACUUAAAAUCUAGUGAAUUACUUUUAUGCUGGCAAAUAUUAGUGCCAUUUUAAAAAUGCACAAACAAAUACAUACUACUGCUGAAAUAAUGGCAAUUGAGCAGAAACAAAUGAAAUUACACUAGUACAGUAUUGUACAUGACGUUUACAUUUAAAUUGUCGAGUCGGAGUUGGCAAGAUACUAAUCCUGUUUAAGAUAAACUGAGUUUUUGUAACUUUUCAUUUGACAAAAAUUACAAUAAAAAAAUAUAAAACA